GUUGCCCUGGCCGCAGCGUUGCCAGAUGGUAUCCUUUGAACCCAAUUUUGAGCUUUGGGCACAACCCUGCGCCGAACAUUUUCUCUGCGAGUAAAUUCGAUAAGAAUUUGUGGAGUGUCGCUUAUUCAGAAUUCAGAUCCUAUAAAUAAGAUUCAAAACUUAAUCAAGAUGAUUCGUAGAGUACUACACAACGCAUUGAAGCUUCAUAAAGCCACCGGAACCAUGCGUACAAUUUCAACAGCUCCUCGACUGCGGGGCACAGGGAGCGAAAUCACUGGUAUCAGCAUCUCAGAACAAGAACGAGCAGACGCUUAUCUCACAAUACUUAAGGAUGCCACCGACCCCAGAGAAGUUCUGGAUUUCCUGCCCAAAUUGGACAAGCGAAAAAUCAAUCGACAAUCGGUUACACUCGCGGCGCUUAAAUCACUUUUCGAGCUGCACAAACUAGGGAAAACUGCCAUUGAUCGACAAGAGAUCCUACACCAUCCCAGAUUCGCAGAACUAUGCCGGGCUCUGAAGCUGGAUGCCCGUUCGUUGAUUAUGAACGACAUCACCGAAAUACUUAAAAUAUUAACAUAUUUCGGGGUACGCACCAAUAGUGAAAUCAUGACGGUGUUGCUUAACCUGUUGCGACUUCAAAUCAACGACGUGUCCCUGGACCAUAUCGUGUUUCUCGAUUUUAUCUUGAAAAAGAUGGAUCGAACCCCAUUAGUGGAAGCGCUACAAAUGGCUCUUCCGAUGUUGCUUCAGAUUCAGAUCUCUUACAAAAUGGAUCACGAAAACGUACAGCAGUUGGUAGAUUUGUUACAUUUUGUUAGCAACAAGAACAUGGCCAAUCGAUGUGUCACCAAUUUGGUUAGCGCUUUGACUCUUCAUGGGACCAAUCUUAAUGCAGCGCAAGCAGUAGAAAUAUUAAAGGCAUUACUGAUGUUUACAGAUUUUCAACAAGUGCAUUUGAAGCUUCUAGAUAAUGUAUUCCAAGUGGUGACGAGCAAUAUCAAAGGCAUUAAUUUUAAAACCAUUGAUUUUGUCAUGAAGCAAAUCGUUGAGAAGAACCUAGAUAAAUAUCCCAUGUUCUACAAUGAAGUAUUCUUCAAAGCAUGUUCGGACCUCAUAAUUGAGCAGGAUCUCGGCAUUAUAAACGCUUUAUAUAUUUUGAAAAAGUUCAACAAGAUUCUUUAUAUCGAUGUACCACUAUUGAAUUACGUAAGUGAACAUGUCGAAAGCUUCUCAAUCGUUCCUGUUACUGGUAUAAUUACUUUUGUUUCAUCGCUUUCUAAUGCCAACUACAAACCUUCUAAUUGGGACUCCCUCAAACCGGAAAUCAAUCGUUUUGCUGGUGUUUUCAACACUAAGCUGCCAUGGAUCCGAUACAAUCUAGAACUGCUGUCACUAGACAUCUACAAUUUCGAAAUGUUACAAAACUACCUGAGCCCUGAAACCGUAAAUGUAGCCAUGGAUCGUAAAACGGUUGUCGACCAUCUCCAACUGCUGGAACUUGAUCAAACGCUACGGCUACUAUAUCCUCAAUACCACGGUCCAUUUCCGCCGCAGGAAUACUUAGACACAGCUAAAAAACUGCUGGAACAGAACAGAGAUAUGCCUCUGGAAAAGCCUUUGGAACUGAUUUUCGGCCAACAGGUAGUUCUGACGAAAGUCAAAUCCAAAAACGGCCACGUAUUUGAUCAUGUGCUUGCAUUCGAUGAAAGCAGGAACCCGAUACAAUUAUCGGAAGAACCGGGUACAAUUGAAACCCUACUUAUAGCUGGGCGUGAAAUUAUUGUCGUUCUAUGCCUACCACCCAGCUAUUACGCAACCAACGUCAACCGGAUGCGAGGUCGAUUCGUGAUGCAAUUGAAAACGAUCGAAACGCUAGGGGUGAAAGUAGUUCCAAUUUCCUACCAAAUGUGGAACAAGCUACCGGAAGCUGAACGACUACCAUUUUUAGAAAGAGAAGUGAAAACCAAGCUUCAAUAGUGACGGGUGUUCGGAUUCUUGUAAAAUAAAUAUUC